AUGAGUGUAAAAGCAGUUGACACGACGACAAGGAAGCAGACUGUAGUAGAAGACACUGAUAGUCCUACGAGUACUUCAAUUCAUAUGAAAAUUGAGAGUGAGCAAGAUGUGGAGAUAGAAGAUGGAGAAUAUCAUGAUAGUGAGAACGUUGAGGGCAUAGCCAAUGGUGUCUUGAACAAGAACUUCGUUGCUGGUACACAGGAAGAGCGAUCUACGAAGAAACGGCGACGUGUGUCAUUCGAGUGUGCAGACAUUGUAGAAUUUGAGCCAACUAUCUACACUACUAGUGUUACAUCAGGUGGUGUACCCGUGGGUAUGUCACUGAACGAACGAUCGCGGUCUCGGCGACGAUUGGAUUCAUUUGAGAUGGAACGAAAAGACGAACGCGUGGGGCGACAAAGCUACAUGGAAGAGGGCUAUUUGGACCCGCAGGAGCGUGAGAUUAUCCUGAGUAACGCUGGAUGCGAAAAUCCUGUGAUAGCUUUGGUGGAAGCUGAGGUGAAUGCUAUUAUUCAGCACAGACGCGAGUCAAAUGAGGUGGAUUUUGACUUUAUGUACGGCAUUGGUGAGAUGGAGGACGACGAAGAGGAGGUGGAAGAAGAUGAAGAGGUGUCAAACAUGUUGAUGUAUGCGCGGGAUGGUUCUGUAGACAAGUUGCAGAAAGAAAGGGUUCAAAAUGACGAAAAAAGCUUAAGAGAAGAUGCAGUGACGUUCGAUGAAGGAUCAAAUGGUCAGGAUAUGACGUUAAUACCAUUGAAGACCACGGCAGAUCAAUGCAGCGAUGACGAGCCAGAAGCUGCAGCGAUAUAG